CCUAGGUAUUUUGUAGAGAAUAAAGUGGGACCGCCCCGCAAAUGUCCAAAGGUCGAGGGUGCACAAUCGCGUAAGUUGGUCAUUUGAACUUCUCUUCUUCAUCGUCGCCAACAGCAGCAACAGCAACAGCAGCAGCAUCCCUUCUUUCUUCUUUUUCUUCUUCUUCUACUUCGACAUCAAAGAUGUCGACCCCUGCUCCUGGUGGUGGUGGUGGUCCUAGCGGUGGUCCUGGUGGCUCUGGUGAUGGUGGUGGUGGGAAGCGCCCUCUUCCGCCCUCGCUCGACCGAGCUCUCGACGACAUCGUCGGGAGUGUUGGCCGACCCCGUAAUCGGGCCGGUCGCCGUCGUCGUCGCCGUCGCCAUCGUCACGGUGGUCGUGGUGGUUUUGGUGGCUUCGGUGGUCGUGGUGGUCGUGGUGGUCGUGGUGGUCGUGGUGGUCGUGGAGGAGGACGUGGUAGCAACGCUGCCCCUGCUGCUCGUGGCGGUGGUGGUGGUCGUGAUGCUCCCCCUGCUCCCCCUGCUAGUCCUGUUGGUCCCGCUGCUCUUGCUGGUGGUAGUAACCUUACUGCCUCAGCAAACAAUUCUCUUGUUGUCCCUCCGGAGAACACCUACCUGCUCAAUUAUGGGCAGGCUGGUAUUGACCUCACCCCAGAGGGAAACAUUCGCGGCAUGUUUGACCGCAUCAACCCCGCUCAUGAUAUGGCGGUUAAGCAGUCGGGCUAUAUGACCUUCUCUGGUGACGACGACAUUGUCGACGUUAUGACCAAGUACUUUCGGGAAGACCAGAAGAUUGCUCCUGGCCAAAAAGUAUUUUUGCGGUGGAACAUAUACCCCAAGAAGCGCCUGGCAACGCACGACCGCCGGGCCCAACAAUAUCUGGGGUUCAAUAAUGAUGAGGUCACCUCUGAGUUGCCGGAACUCCCAGCUCCCAAUGGCGAUCCUCUGGAUUUGUCAGCCUUUGCUCCUCGUGAGCCAGAGAGAAAUGACCAUUUCUCUCAUACUCCCUUCGGUCAUGGGUUCAAGCCCCAUGGCUUUUCUCGACGUAAGAAGAAGGGCGCGCAAAGGCAGCUCGAGGAGGGCGAGGGUGAGGGUGAGGACGACGACGACGACGACGAGCCGAUGGGAGCCCAAGAUGGCCCGGCACCCGACGCAGGUGACGUGGUCAUGGGCGCCGCCGCCGAUGACGAAGCUCUCAAUGCCCACUUCACAAGUGGCAUUGUAUUAGUGUUUCGAGUGAAUACCUUACCAUCUCAGUCCAUUUCGACUGAAAUUGGAUGAUAAUAUGAUAGAUAAUAGAUAUGGUAAUAGAUAUGACAGAUAACAAGUAC